UCAUGCUCAGAAAUAACUACGAACUGGCUUAUAACAAGCGGGAACUCAACCAUACACAGUACAGUAAUUCUGUCGACACACAAAUAAAUUUACAACCCCCUGCGAGAACAGACGUGCGUGCAAGAGACUGGCCGAUAUAGCCUGGUCUGACUUGUGCUAGAGUGAAAGGUAGCAGGUCCAAGGAGAUAAUCACCUCGAGUUUAGCUAGACCCUCCACACCAAGGAGUCCUUGUCCACACUAAGGCUUAUCAAGACCCACAUAUGAAAGGAUCAACAAUGAUGAAUGGGAAUGGAAAUGAGAUGGCAACCAGCGAAGAAGGAAGUACAUCAUGCACUUUAAAAUGGGCUACUGACAAAGCAGGCGAAUUUCUAAAAGCAGCCAAUACUCAAGCACUCGAGAAUAUGUACGAUGAUAUCGCCGACAAAUAUGAAGAGAUCACUCAUGCUCUGGAAUGCAAUGGGGCUAGGCUGACUGCUAACGCCCUCUUCGGUCUGAUACCGAAUCGAGACAUAAGAGUACUCGACGUAGGAUGUGGAAUUGGCAUGGUUGGAAAAGAGCUUUUUGAUAAAGGAUACCGCGAUAUACACGGUGUAGACAUAUCUGCUGGAAUGCUCAAAGUUCUUGAAAAGAAACAGAUAUACACCAAGCUUGUGAAAGCGAGAUUUGAUCCAACCACACCUCUUGAAUAUGCUGAUGGGUAUUUCGAUGUGAUAGUUAGUUGUGGUGUUUUUGUACCAGCCCAUCUCACUCACACCUGUCUACCAGAGAUAUUCCGUCUUCUUAAACCUGGUGGAAUUUUUAUCAUCACUACCAGGAAGAACGUUUUUGAUGAAGAGCUUGGGGAUAUCAAACUGAAGUCUACCUUUGCUGGUCUGAUAGAAAAGGGUCAACUCCAGAAGAUAUCUCAUGAGGAGAUAGAGUAUCUCACUGAUGCUGAAAAAAAAGUUUCGGGCUUGAUAUUAACCUACAAAAUGUUGUGAAAAGGGUUCCUUUAUAGGAGCGUCUGUCGAUUAAAUUGAACAUCGCAAAGUGCAAUGCACAAAUGAGUCAUGUACAUUGAUUAUAAUAUUGGUAAUAUAGAUGCACUUUAACCUUGCUGAAAUGCCAUAUUGGCGCUUAAAGCAGUCAACAAAUUGAAUUGGUUUGCACGUGUAUAUGUAACGGCUAUAACGCUUAAAACAUUGGAAUUAUGAUAAAAUGCUGUUUUUAUUUUUGUCAUUCGAGAUACAACUCAUUAAAAUAGAGUUGAGAUUACAUUGAUGAUUCGACAAAUGUUUUAGUUGACAAUAUCACAUUCACUGUAUGAUUAUAGAUUAGUGAAACAGCUGAUAUUCAGUUAAGACAUUUCUUGUGUUUAGGAUAGUAUUUUUAGGAAUUUGGGAGAAAUCGUGAUAAAUGAGCGUCGUUAAAACGCUUGAUUUAUGAGGAUUAUUACUAUUCAGGAUGAUUUUCAGCAUAAGUGUCGUUAAAUUGUUUAAAUAGUGGGAUAUUCUUUAUGGGUGAAGUGCUCGCAGACGUGCGAUUAAUGUACUCCAUGCUCGACACGAAUUUCAGAAGUUUAUUCUGAAGAUGUCAAAUGAAAUAAAUCUCAGGACUUCAGCAUUUCAUCCAUGGGUGUCGAAUAGCUUUACACUUUAAAAGCUUUAAAGGAUGAAAUACAGUAAUUAUGAUGAAAUGUCCACGUUUUUAUUUUAUAAAAGACAAUAAUCUUUUUAGAAUUCUCCCCUUCCUAUAACCAAGCGCAUUAUGUGUGCCCCGUCUAUUUUACUAACACCCUUGUUAAUAUUAGUUUUAGUAAUCUUUAUUCAGCUUUAUGAUUACAAAAGUAUAUCUAAAGAAGGUACUGAACAUUUUCCACUGUAAGGUUAGUAUAUUAAAAUGAUAUUGCUGCAUUAUUUGUAUAUCUCUAACUUUCAACGAGUAUGAAUAGAUA